AUGAAGUACUCGAUCAUUCCGGCUAUAGCUACUGCCACUAUUGUUGGUGCCUUGCCACAGGGCGGCCCUGAUAACGCGGCCAAGGCCAAGCUCCCGUUCCUGACCGAGCCUCUUUAUAACGGCAUGUACUGCCGUGACACGCGGUCACCAAGCUGGUUCACGCUAAGCGAUCGCGGCUGCGGCACCCAGCGGUUCUGUGAGGCCUUUGACAACCAGGACGAGCUACAGGCGGACGGCAUGGGCGAGCCCGAGUACAAGAGCGCUCAGGACUGCUUUGACGCCCACGAGCCUAAGCCGGCGCUAGCAGGAUCAGCUUUCCCCCCUGCGGUCUAG